AUGUGGAGUGCAAUAGAAAUGAAACCUGAAUCAUGUAAACUUCCUAACUACAUGGCUACAGCUGUCUCAACGAAAUGCAAUAACUUCGAGAUAGUUCAGAGAAGUCUCUUGGAUUUCCUGUUUUGUGGAUUGCGAGGAAAUGAGUUCUUUUGCGAAGUUGAUGAAGAUUAUAUUCAAGACAAAUUCAACUUAACAGGUCUCAAUGAACAAGUCCCUCAUUAUAGGCAGGCUCUGGAUAUGAUAUUAGACCUUGAGCCAGAUGAUGAACUUGAAGAUAAUCCAAACCAAAGUGAUUUGAUUGAGCAAGCUGCUGAGAUGCUGUAUGGUUUGAUCCAUGCACGUUACAUAAUGACAAAUAGGGGCAUAGCUCAAAUGGUAAGCUUAGCCGUUAACCAGCUUUUUUAUUUUCAUUGCUGUUCUAUUAAUUUAGUCCCAUCCUUAUACAAUCUUGCUGCUGCUGUUGAUUUAAACAUGCACCUGUCUCAUGAUGUACCUGGUGAAGCCAUGGUAAAGCUGUACUGUCCAAAAUGCCAAGAUGUUUACACACCUAAGUCUUCUCGUCAUCACCACACGGAUGGAGCAUAUUUCGGCACUGGUUUCCCACACAUGUUGUUCAUGGUCCAUCCUGAAUACAGACCUAAGCGUCCUGCAAACCAAUUUAUUCCAAGAUUAUAUGGUUUCAAGAUUCACCCAUUAGCAUAUCAACUCCAGUAUCAGGCUGCUGCCAAUUUCAAAAUGCCCAUUAGGGGAAUGGGACACAGUAAUAGCAAAAGGUAGGCUACUGUGUCAACCACAAGUGCCGACUCUGAGCAGACCAGCUGUCAGUUCCUGUAAAAAAAAAAAAAAAGAAAAUCUUUGUAACUGACAAAAAACUCUUCCUGUCUUUUUUUUUCUCCCCUUUUUUUUAUAUAUAGCAAUCAGUUCUGAAAUGUCAUCUAGCUGCAACCAUUUGUAGUUAACCUGCUGUUACUAUGGAAAUUCCAGCUGGGUUUUUUUGUAAUCUGCACGUGGAAGUGUUUCAAAAGAUGGACAAACAACUACUUUGGAAGUGGAAAGAAAAGCAAAUACCAUUCUGAUACCUAUAGUAAUUAUUCUGGAGACUGUUUUCUCAUGUUUCUCUGGGUUUUCUGACUGAAAUCAUAAACUGUAUUAAAUUGUUUUGAUAUUUGUUGCAUCUCUCCUUAAUGCUUAAGACAAUUAUUAGCAUUGAAAAUGAAGAAAUCAGACAGAGAAUGGAAAUGACGAAUAUUACAUUGCUGUGUGUCUGUGAUAUACACAUAUUUUAAUAGCUACAAUCAGCAUUAUUAUCCACCAUCACUGAGUCAUUGGUGAUCUGUACAGUUUGUACAAAACAACUGCUGGGUCCAUCAAGAGCUGAGCAAAUCUUAACCCUUCCAUAGUGUUUGUUAGUCACCUAAUCUUGACUCUGCAUACUGUGAAUAUAUGCAACAUUACUUUAUACAAUUUCUCCCUAAGUAAUAGAAAACUUAUUUUUAAUUUAAAUUUUAUUUCACUGACUGACUUCAUCUGGUUUCUGUUUUAGAUAAAGGGGUGGGGUUUUUUUUUUUUUUGUCUUUUUCUCUCUUUUCACUGGCCCUUUCAUCAUUGCUACCUCCAUCCCCCUCAUCAUCAAAUGUAAACAUUACCCAAAUGACUUAAUACAUACAAUAUAAAGCAAACUAAAUUUUUCUUUCUUUCUAACUUAUUUUUCCCAUCAGAACUAAUAACAAUGGAUGUUAGACUGCAAGGAGAUCUAACUCAAUUACAGUUUUAUAUAAAUGAAUAUAUAUAGAUAUAAAAUUCACGUCUUCUCUUUCCUCCAAAUUAAUUUCACUCACGUUUUCCUUGCUAGAAAGCUUGCGGUGACUGUAUAUUUAUGCAUCAAUAAAAUCAACUCUUCUAUCUUUUAACACAUCUGACUUGCUUUAGCUGGUUUUUCAUUACUAAUCAAUCUAGAUGCUGGCAACCAGCUCACAGUUACCUCAAACCACAGUAAUCUUACAGGUAUAAUUUUUGUCUUUGUCUGGGGAUGGGUUUUUUUUUCCCCUUUAAGAAAAUUUGGUAUGUGGGUGUUGGCAAGUAUUACAAAAACCAAAUUAUUGUGUACAUAAUUUGAAUAAAAUGACAAAUCCUAAAAA